AUGGGCCCUUUGCUUGCACUCGGGUGUAAGAAAACACUAGACCUUAAAGAUAUUCCUCAACUUGCUAAUCCUGAUAGUGCCAAUUCGGUCUUCAGUCAUUUUAGAAAUAAACUUGAUUCUGAUGCUAAUGGCAGUGGUAAAGGUGGUCAGGUAAGCACACUCAAGUUGGGGAAGGCAUUGGGUUUCUCAUUGUGGAAAGAAAUUUUAUGGACCGCUCUAUUCUCCAUUAUACGCACACUGGCUUCUUAUGUUGGGCCAUAUCUUAUUUUUGCUUUUGUUCAAUAUCACAAUAGUCCUCACCAACUAAACUACGAAGGCUAUACACUAGUGUUUAUUUUCUUUCUUUCAAAGCUCAUAAAUGGCCUUUCUGAUAGACAUUUGUCCUUUCUACUACGAAAGAUGGCAAUUAGGAUCCGUGCUACCUUAUUUGCUAUAAUCUAUAACAAAGGUCUCAAGCUUUCAAACCAAUCAAAGCAAGUCCACAGUAGUGGAGAGAACAUUAAUUUAAUGAGUGUUGAUGUUGAGAGGACUAGCCUUUUCAGUUGGUACUUGCACUAUAUAUGGAAGGUUCCUCUUCAGGUUGUUCUAGCAUUAUUGAUCUUGUACAAGCGCAUUGGGCUUGCUUCACUUGUGGCUUUUGUUACCAGAUUGAUUUUAAUGUUGGUAAAUAUUCCACUAGGAAAACUACAAGAGAAAUUUCAAGGGAAGUUAAUGGAUUCAAAGGAUCAAAGGAUGAAGGUAACAUCUGAGGCUCUGAGAAAUAUAAGGAUUCUCAAGCUCCAAGGUUGGGAGAUGAAGUUCUUGGCUAUGAUAGUUGAACUCAGGAGCUUUGAAACAAGAUGGUUAAAGAAGUUAGUUUAUACAUCAGCUAUGACUGUCUUUGUCUACUUAUCUGUUCCCAUGCUUUUGUCCAUGGUUACUUUUGGGUUUUGUAUCUUUACGAGAAUUCCGUUUGAGUCAGGGAAGAUUCUAUCUGCACUUGCAACAUUUGAGAUACUCCAAGGGCCCAUUUAUAAUCUUCCAGAUACAAUAUCCAUGGUAAUUCAAACUAAAGUUUCUCUUGAUAUGAUAGUCUCAUUCCUCUGUCUUGAUGAAUUUCAUCCGAAUAUAAUACAAAAGCUUCCAAGAGAUAGUGCCCAAGUUGCAAUUGAGAUAGUCGAGGGUAAUUUCGCUUGGGAUCUUCAUUCCCCUACUCUAACAUUGAAAUAUCUUAAUUUUCAAGUGUAUCACAGUAUGAGAGUGGCUAUUUGUGGUUCAGUUGGGUCAGGCAAGUCAAGCUUACUUUCUAGUAUAUUGGGAGAAGUGCCGAUAGUAUCUGGAACAAUUAAGUUGAAUGGUAAAAAAGCCUAUGUUUCACAAUCACCUUGGAUAUAG